CCCCAUCCACCACGAUGCACUUCCUCUCCCUCCUCACAGCCCUCAUCCUAGCCCUCUUCAGCCCCCUCGCUAGCGCGGCCAACUACACCAACCCUCUCAAAACCACCGAUGGCUCGGACCCGCACAUCGCCUGGUCGGGCGGUUACUACUACCUGAUGACGACGACGUGGAGCAAUCUGCAGAUCACGCGGGCGACGACGCUGAACGGACUGAAGAGCGGCGAGAAGAGGACGGUUUGGACGGAUGCGACGGCGUCGCGGUGCUGUAAUGUGUGGGCGCCGGAGCUGCACUACCUCGACGGCGCGUGGUACAUCUACUACACGGCGGGCAACAGCGCAAACCUAGACGGCCAACGAUCGCACGUCCUCAAAGGCGGCGCCACCCCCUGGGACCCCUUCACCUACCUCGCGCAACUAACCAGCACCUGGGGCAUCGACGGUACGAUCCUACGCUUCAGCACCUGGGGCAACUACUUCGUCUACUCCUGCUUCAGCGGCAGCCUGCAAUCGCUCUGCAUCGCGCCACUGACCUCCCCCGGCAAGCUCGGCGCCAGCAAAGUGCUCUCCACGCCGACGAACGCGUGGGAAAGAGUCGGCAACCCCGUCAUGGAGGGCCCGGCUGCCAUGUACCACGGCGGGACCACGUAUCUCAGCUACUCCGCGAGCUACUGCUGGACCAGCAGCUAUAGCCUCGGUCUGCUGACGUGGAACGGGAGCGGCGAUCCGAGUUUGAGUGCGAGCUGGAGUAAGAGCGGGCCGUGGUUGACGAGUGCGAAUGGGAAUUAUGGACCGGGGCAUAAUGGGUUCUUCCAAUCCCCCGACGGAACCGAGAUCUGGAACGUGUACCACGCGACGUCGAACAGCGCCGGCGCGUGCGACGGCUCGCGCUACACGAUGGCGCAGAAGGUGAAUUGGAACGCCAACGGGACGCCGAACUUCGGGUCGCCGGCGAGGCUGGGGACGAGCUAUGUGGGUCCGUUGGGGGAGUAAGCUGGAUUAGGGGAGCUACCUGGGUAGUAGGCUUAGGUGGAG